GCUGUCCAUACCACGGCUAUUCGGAGCAAGACCUCAUCCUAUACUUCUAUGAUGGUCUUUGUAAUGAUGAUAGACGGAUGAUCAACACCACAUGUGGAGGGGGGAUCGUCAACAAAACGCCUUCUCAAGCUAUGAAUCUUAUCUCGGAGUUGGCCGAGAAUUCUAGAUAUUACAAUGGGCGGUCCUCAACCCGAAGAGUUGCCGUAGCGGAGUCCACUCCAUCAUUGGAGAGUCAAGUAGCUAGCUUGACUUCUUUGGUAAAAGAUUUUCUGUUAAAUCCCAAAAACCAAGAACUCAAGGUCUGUGGCAUUUGUGCAACACAAGGGCAUCCUACAGAUUCAUGCCCUUCAUUACACGAAGAACAAGUCAACGCCUUGAAUUUCCAAGGCCAUCAACAAAAGAGGUACGAUCCACACUCUAACACUUACAACCCCGGGUGGAGAGAUCAUCCCAAUUUGAGAUACGGGAAUCCUCAAAAACAACCUUCCCAAGGCCAAACUUCAAGCUCAAAUAUGUCCACUGAAGACAUGAUUCGAGAACUUACCAUGAGUGUAUCAACGAUACAACAAAGUGUGGCCCAAUUUCAAGAAAUGACUAAAUCUAGCAUCCAAAAUUUAAAGAACCAAAUGAGCCAAAUUUCGAAUGUUGUGAGCCGGCUCGAGGCAAAAGAUUCGGGUAGACUCCCUUCUCAAACGAAGCAAAACCCAAGACAACAUGUUAAUGCAAUCAUGUUGAGGAGCGGUAAGGAGUUACAAGCAAAGGAAGUUGAAGAAGAGAAGGUUGACGAGCACUUUUGUCAAGGUGCGUCAAAAUAAAUUCAAUACUAAACACUUAUACGUAGUAUAGUGUAGUAGAGUUCGUAUCCACAGGGAAAGGUAUAAUUCUCUUUCUAUGAACUUAAUGAAUAAAAAGGGGGGUUUUGGUUUGAGUGAUUUAAUUUAAUUAAAAACUAAGAUGAACAACCUAUAUGUGUUUAAUUCAAGAAUAAAAGGGACUUGGCUUUGCUACUUUCCACUUGUUGGUAUAUUUUAGUCGAUCCUUGUUAUAUCUAUAACUUAUCCCCUCUCGAAUACUCAAUCGAGGAGUAUCUCCAAUUCAUCGAGGGUAGUUAUUAACAACGACCGUUCAUUAAUAACCCUUACUAUUAAUCAAGUAUAGAACAACGCCUUAUACCGAUAUAAUAGUAGCAUUCAAUCUUUUUAACUCCUUGAUGAAAUCAAUUGAGAUUGAUAACCUUAACACAACGGUUUCGGUUUAACCAACAAAAUUGAUCCCUCUUAAGUCUAUUAACCACGACCGUGUAUUAAUAAACCGAAGUUACUUACUUGUGAAACCACCAACGAUUAACCAUCGGUUCGUUGAUCAUUUCUAGUAGUAAUUAAUGUCGGAACGUUAACUAAUCGUCACUUAGCAACCCUCCAACAUUAAUAUAGAAUGAGAUUAAGGGAAGAAUUAAUAAUCAAGAGAAGAAGUUUAGAAUAUAACUCACAACUUUAAUAAUCAACAAGCUUCAAGAGCAAAACCAAGAAUGAAAGUUUAGCUCCUCAUUUGGAGGCUAAACAUAGCUAGAAAAAUAUAAAGAAAUGCUAUUCUAAGCUGAGCUAAAGAGAUUGGAAGAAGGGAUGAUUUUUAGAGGAGAAAAAGAGUGCUAUUUAUAGGUGUUUUUCAACACCUUUGGCCGGGUACCCGACCGGGUAUAGGUACAUACCCGACCGGGUACCGGUCAAAAUCAGAUAAUCUCCCAUGUUUCAUUGUUCCAGCACGUUAAUUUGUCCCGGGUCAAGUCAGACCCGACCGGGUCAAGUGAGGGACCCGACCGGGUUUGGUCUAAAUCAGAUUUUUUCCAAAUCUUUGUGAUCUUCAGCAUGUUCUGGUGUUCCGGGUCAUAUCUGACCCGACCGGGUCAAGUGAGGGACCCGACCGGGUCUUACUUUUUUCUUCUUAGAUCCGGUUUUCAACUGACCCGACCGGGUUCAAGGUCUGACCCGGUCGGGUUUUUGUGCUCCUGGGUCUUUUUGUCUUCAGUUUUUCUCCCUUUUUCCUUGCUACAAACUCUAUCACUAUUCUAAAACUCUGAAAAGAAGGAGAGAACAAUUACAAACAAAAUAAAACAAGUACUUACAAAGUAACUAAAAGUGAUGAAAAAUCCACACUCAAUCAACAUAAAAACAUACGUUUAUGCACUAUAAACUAGUGCAUAUCAAAGGUUGACAAAGAUGAGAUUGGCCACAACGAGGAGGAGCCAACAAAAGCUAAAUUUCCACCAUUGUCCUCAUAUGAACCACUACCCCCAUUCCCCAAAGCACUGAAGGAAACAAGGAAGCUGGAGAAAGAUGCUGACAUGUAUGAGACUUUCGCCAAAUGUGAGAUAAACAUUCCACUCCUUAACUUAAUUAAAAGUGUACCCCGUUUUGCUAAAUUUUUAAAAGAAUUAUGCACAAUGAAAAGGAAAAGCAAAUUGAAGGAAAAAAAAGGUGGAGGUUAGUGAACGUGUCUCGGCGAUAUUCCAAAAGAAACUUCCCGAGAAAUGUAGCGAUCCAGGCAUGUUCACUAUCCUAUGCACAAUAGGGGACACUUUAUUUCCGAGGACCUCGUUGGAUUUAGGGGCUUCAAUCAAUGUUAUUCCAUAUUCAUUAUAGAAGUCCCUAAACCUUGGCCCAAUGCAUAAAACUGGGGUAGUAAUCCAAUUGGCGGAUGGUUCUAGCACAUACCCAAAAGGCGUCGUAGAGGACGUACUCGUAAAAGUUGAAAACCUGGUUUUUCCUGUUGACUUCUACGUCCUUGAGAUGGGCGAUGUUGAUCAAACAACUCCCAUACUUUUGGGUAGACCCUUUUUAAAAACCGCAAAAACUAAAAUUGACGUGUCUAGUGGUUCAUUAACCUUAGAGUUUGAUGACCAAAAAGUAGAAUUCAAUAUCUUUGACUCUACGGGAAAACGAAUUAAAGAUCAAUCUCUUUGUUCUUUAAAUGUUUUUGAACCACAAGAACCGAAAUUUUUGAAGGAAUCUGAUAAAAUCCCAAUUUUUCAUGAAGAGGAGAAAAUUGAAUAUAGGAAGUCAUCUUUGGCUGGAAGGAAUUGUUGAAUUGUGACCUAAACCCACCUACAGUUGAGGUGGUGAUGAGAACAAAAGUUCGGCCUUACUGGAAAAGGCCGAAAAAGAAAAAUGAAACAUGGCCAAAUAAGGCCUUUGAUAAUUGAAAAAGGGAUGUUCAUGAUCCUACAUAAACCAAAAAAUAUAUAUAUCGUCGAGCCACGACGUUAAACAAAGCGCUUCUUGGGAGGCAACCCAAGUUUUUAUUUUAAUUAUUUUCAUUUGUUUUCAGUUGUGUGUGUGUUAAAAUAUUUUCUAAAAAAAGGAUUUCAAAAAAAAUGAUUUGGGAGAAAACCCGACCAGGUAUGAACAAAACCGGAUUGGAUAUGCUGCACAAAAGACGAAUACCCAGGCCGGGUAAAAUUUUGAAAAAUCAAAAAAUAAGAUAAAACCCGACCGGGUAUGCACAAUACCCGACCAGGUAUUAUCACAUUUCCCCCCUGGAGCCUCUGGAACCAUUACACAUUCGGGUAUUACAUAAAACCCAACCGGGUAAAUGUUCAAAUUUUGAAAAAAAAAACUGAAAACCCGACCGGGUAAGACAAGAAACCCGACCGGGUAUUUAGCUUUAAAACAUUCUGCCGGCCUCUGUUUCGUAUACCCAUUUGGGUAUUACGUAUACCCGGCCAGGUAUACGGGAUUUCUGCAAUUUUUAACCCCAAUCCCAGAUCGACGAACCAUCUUCCUCCCCAAAACUUGAGACCUCAAACACCCAAACUCCAUUUUUGCUCCUUGAAGCUUCGAAUCCACUCUUUUCUUCCAUCAAAAACUCAAAUUAACACCAUAAUCUUCCUCUCCACAUCAUCCUCUCCACUUCUACACCCACAAAACCCACCAAAUUCUCCAAAAUCCCCAUACCCGAAAAAACCCUACCCUCCACCUUCAAAGUCUGAAUUUUGAGCAAAAAGCCCCAAGAAAACCCCAAUUCUUGCUCUCCCCACCAUCCUCUACAUCUCCGCACCUUCAAAAACACCCAAUUCUCAAAAGUCUGAAUUUUCAAACCCUCUAAGCCCAAGCCCGAAAUUCCAACCCCAAGUUCAAGCAACGGGAAAACCAUGGCUCCAACAAGGACUAGAAGAUCUUACCCCUCCAAUGCUCAAAUUCCAAGGGUUACCAGCUACGAAGACCUCGAGUUCACCUCUCAUACUCACCACAAGAACUUCCUCCAACAAAUGUAAAGAAUGAUACAAAAUGGACAUGGCGGAUAUGAAACACCUAGAGGAGGCUAUGAUGGAGGUCAUAACAGAGAUGAGCACUAGGGACUAUGCUCCAACAAGUUCGGGGGGGAGACGAUCAUGGAUCCUAAGGGUAUAAAAAAAGAUGAUUUCAAUGAAGUUGAAGACCUGCUAUUAUUCCUGUGUUUUGAUCAUCAGAACAUUUCUAUGUUGAUUGUCAAAAACACUUGUGGAUGAUUGUUUAUUUUGCUACUAUUAUGGUGUUAGAAACUUCACGAGCAGGGUUUGAUUUACUCAAGACGGGUAAAGGUUCAAGUGCGGGGGUGUUUGAUAGGCACUAGUUGUUAGUGUCUAAGUAUACAUUCUUAUUAUUGUUUGUAAUGUUUAUUUACUAGUAUUGUGCAAGUUUGUAGUUGUUAGUUUGCAUUUGAUUGUAAUUGUAUUUCUAGCAUUUUAUUGUGUGUUGUAAGAUGUAUCUAGUUGGGCUUUAAGUUUAGGAUAGGUUUGGAAGCAAAAAGGAUGAAGAAACUUGAGUUUUAUGUAAAACCCGGUCGGGUAUGGACUUUACCCGACUGGGUAUGAAGUGACAAAGGAAAUUGCUGCAAAACUAGCAAAUACCCGGUCGGGUAUUCCAUAUACCUGGUCAGGUAUGAAGUGAUUUCGGGCAAACGAACGUGCAGAAGAAUACAAGAACAUGGGA